GUUCAUGGCCAUCGCUGCCGUCAGGGCACAUGGCUGGUUUUCCUGUCAUCCCGUAUCCCACACCCCCUGGUUGUUUUAUACUGGCACCUGGUCCCAGUUUAAUACAGCUGCUAUUUCCCCGAGGCUCUGGAAACCUCCCCGGGAAGCUGCUGGAGGCAGUCAUAAGGGGUGGCUGUAGAGUCAGGUGGGAGCCUGCGGGCUGGUGACCACUGGUGCUUGGGGUGCUCUGUCCUGCAGCCUUGGGGGCUGCCAGCAUCCCCCCGUGAGGAGCAGCCACUGGAGAGGAAGGUACCAGGGAAAAGCAGUACGAACAUCUGCUGAGCAGCUGUCCUGAGGAGAUGCACAACCUUCAUCUGCCAUAUGAUUAUUGCAUGCUAAAGGGCAGGCAGCCCAGGCUCUAGGUGUUAUCGGGCUUUUAAAUUCACCUGUUCUUGUCUUUGCAGUGUCAGAUUAUACACCUUGCAUGUGGGUGUACCCGCGCAGCAGGAUAGAGGUACUUGCAGACCCCAAGCCAGUCUUCUGCCAAGCCAGCAGUCCCACGCUUGUAUGGGGAAACCAAGAGACGAUAUGGAGCCUCACACCUGGUGCUAUGACAGCUCGACCAUCUGCAAGAACCUUGUAUCUGUGCAAGCCCAAGAAAGAUUUUACCAAGUAUGGCCGCAGUUGCAGACCAGUAAUUGGUGGGAAUCCCCUGCUACCAAAGUAUGGCUACCCUUCUGAACGGCUGCUGAAGUUGUCUGAGCCUAAAAAAUUCCUCCCUGCUUACCUGGAACAAAGAUCCCGUGAGACCCCGGAGUGGCCUGUGUCCCUGGCUGCACAGAACUACAAUGCUUCCAAGCGGAUACUGCAGCUUGCCCAGCCAAAGGGGCUGCACCCAGACUUCAUGCCCCCCAGAGAGAUUUCCAUAUCACCUCGGAGGAUAGUUGCAACCCCUCGGACCAUUGAGCUGUCGAAGCCCAAACAACUCCACCCGAACUUCAUGCCCCCGCGGGAUCCCGAGUGGCCGGUCACAGAGGCUGCCAAGCAUGCGGUGCCUACAAAAAGAAUUCUGGGGCUGGCCCAGCCUUCCUCAAGACCUCGUAUGACUCCACUCAACCCAGAUGCAUUCAAAGUGAAAGAGAGUGCUCUGAAGGCGGUUUGUACUCCACGGCUUGCAGAACUGGCUCAACCAAUUAGGCACUAAGCUCCUGCCAUCUGCCCACAUCACCCCUUGGAACAUCACUCUCUCUGGCUGUGCUCUGGCUGGAAAAUCUCUUUGAACACAGUGCAGAGGCAGCACUCAGCUGGAACGCCUUCUGGGAGUUAAAAUAAAGUCAUCAUUCCUUAAGAAUAGUCAUCAGGGAAAAUGACAGAAUUCAA